AGCACUCGCCAGCCCGUUUGGCACGUUUAUUUCUUCAUUAUACACUGUCAUAUUGCAGGGAUGAUGUAUGACCCGUGGAAUUAUCUAUUGUGUGUGUAAGAGAGCCGAGGUGGAGUCAGUGGCGCAUGUUAGUUCGUGUAUCGCUUGAUUAACAGGGUAACUCGGGUACAUCCAAGUGAAUGGGAGAAAUUUGAGGUCCCCGAUGACCAAGAUGGCUGUAGGCUGGAACAAGUUCACUCUUCUCAUGUGGAAGAACUGGACCCUACAACGUAGGCAUCCCAUUCAAACGGCGGUGGAGAUCCUGGCUCCAGUCCUGCUAGCAUCACUUCUGGUCCUGAUUCGAAGCCUUGUUGCUCCGGAAAACUUCGGCACUGUUACCACAUACGAGCCUUUCUCAGUGGAUCAUACAAAUGGUACUAUCUUCAGCGAGACAACAAUACAGAAGAUAUUUAUGCCGUUUAUCAAAGCAUCGCCAUAUGCUUACAGACAGAAGGAUCGUCCCACAAGAAACUAUGGCCUGCGCAAAAAACUACUUGUGUAUUUUCGAAAACUAAAGCCUGAGUAUUUUGAGAAACGCCCUGAAUGGUUUAUUGCCUGGUCUCCAGAAUCAGAAAACCUUACCAGCAUCAUGGAUAAUGUCAUGAUCAAAUUAAGCGCUGCUACAGAAAAUGUGACAUUUAUCUCUAAGCCAUACAGAAAUCAGGAAGAAAUGGAUGAAGCGCUCACAUCCCACUCUACGAAUAUAAUGGGUUAUGUACUAGCAGGAAUUGCUUUUGAUGACUCAGAUCCGUUUCCUGACAAUAUCCAGAUGAAAAUCAGAUUUCCAGGAGAGUUACGGUUUAGGGGAAAUGAAAGUGAUUGGCGUACAAAUGUCCUUUUUCCUUUGUAUCAAGUGCCUGGUCCACGGUCGAAACUAUUUAAUGAGGGAGGUCUCCCUGGUUACUGGUAUGAAGGUUUCUUACUAUUACAGCAUGUUAUAUCUUCAGAAAUAACAAAGUUUUUAAAUAAUAUAACUCUACCUCAAAUAAUGCUUCAGAGGUUCCCAUAUCCUCCAUACACACAUGAUGAUAUGCUCGAAGCUCUGAAAAGAAAUGUACCUCUCCUUAUGAUGGUGAGCUUUGUCUAUACAUGUAUCAACACUGUUAAGGUCAUUACUGUGGAAAAGGAGCGUCAACUCAAGGAAGCCAUGAAGAUAAUGGGAUUGCCCAAUUGGUUACACUGGACAGCUUGGUUCAUAAAGACAUUUAUGUUUGUGAUGAUUUCAGUGAUCUUAAUUGUGAUUAUGAUGAAAGUGCCAUGGUAUCCUGGUUCGGAUCUCACUGUGUUUUCCUACAGUGAUCCUAUACUUCUCUUAAUUUAUUUCAUUUUUUAUAUGAUUGCCAGCAUCUGUUUCUGCUUCAUGAUCUCAGUCUUAUUUUCUAAAGCUAACACAGCAUCCUUGAUGGCUGCUAUACUGUGGUUCUUCUCAUAUGUGCCAUUCAUGUUCAUGUCAGAGCAGUAUGAAAACCUGCAUCUACCAUCCAAGAUAUUAGCUUGCCUGUUAUCAAAUAGUGCCAUGGCAUUUGGAUUUCAGUUAUUUCUAAUGUAUGAAGGAGCUGGAGUAGGAAUGCAGUGGCACAAUAUCUGGACUCCAGUCACAGCAGAUGAUGAUCUUGUAUUAGGUCAUGUGAUGAUUAUGUUACUGGUGGAUGCACUCAUCUAUCUUCUUUUGACUCUCUACAUUGAAGCUGUUGCCCCUGGUGAAUAUGGUGUACCAAAACCUUGGUAUUUCCCUGUCCAGCUUUCAUAUUGGUGUGAAAAUUCUGAUUACAACCCAUACUUUGAAACUGUCGGACAGAAAACUAAUGUUAACAGUCCAGAUGUUUACGAGGCUGAACCUAGAAAUCUACCAGCAGGAAUACAAAUCAAACAUCUGAGGAAGAAAUAUGGCAGCAAGGAGGCUGUGAAAGACCUAACUCUGAACAUGUAUGAAGGGCAUAUUACUGUCCUGCUGGGUCAUAAUGGGGCGGGAAAAACUACAACAAUGUCAAUGUUGACAGGCAUGAUAACUCCAACAAGUGGAACUGCUCUGGUUGGAGGAUUUGAUGUAAGAACAGAUAUUCAUAAGGUCCGGGAGAGCCUGGGUUUGUGUCCACAACAUAAUGUCCUGUUUGAAGACCUUACAGUGAGAGAACAUCUCUAUUUUUUUGGGAAGAUGAAGGGGCUGUCUGGUCAUGCACUGAAAGCGGAGAUAAAGAAAUAUAUUUCACUACUAGAACUGGAACCAAAGGAACAUACAGAAAGCAGUAAAUUGUCAGGGGGUAUGCAGAGGAAAUUGGCUGCCGGAGUGGCCCUUUGUGGUGGCUCAAAAAUUGUGAUGUUUGAUGAGCCAACGUCUGGUUUAGAUCCCGCUGCAAGACGAGCAUUAUGGGAUUUGCUUCAGACGGAGAAACAUGGCCGUACAACACUUCUUACAACACAUUUCAUGGAUGAAGCAGAUCUGCUUGGUGACCGCAUUGCUAUCAUGGCUGGUGGAGAGUUACAAUGUUGUGGAUCUUCCUUCUUCCUCAAGAAGAAAUAUGGCGCUGGCUACCGUUUGAUCAUUGUGAAGGGACCAGACUGCAAUGUCGAUUCAGUAACAAGCCUCCUAAAUGAAUUUAUACCAAAGAUCAGUGUUGAUCAGAAUAUAGGGUCAGAACUGUCCUAUCUCCUGAGUGAAAAUCAGUCAUCAGUAUUUGAAGCCAUGUUAUCUAAACUUGAAGAGAAUAAGAAGAAGCUGGGUUUGCUCAGUUAUGGUGUGUCCCUAACAACUAUGGAAGAAGUGUUCAUGAAAGUUGGGAAAGACACGGAGAUAUCUGCUCCUGCUGAACACCAGCAGACCAAUGGCAUUGACAAUGUGGUACAUUCAAGUACCUUUGAAGUAGACGACAGCUCCAUUUUGCCAAGCGGAAACAAAUGUUUUGCGACAUGUAUUAAUCACCUUUAUAUGAGUCCAAGGAAUGCUAGCAGAUUCAUAGUGACCAUGCCUCAUUAUCCUCUUUUGAAAGGAAGCGAACUACUGAUAAAUCAACUGAUUGCUAUGUUCAUGAAGAAAGCAUUAUAUGUGUGGCGAACAUGGUAUAUAACAUUGAUUCAGAUUCUAAUGCCUUCCCUUUUCCUAAUACUAACAAUCGUUAUAGUCAAGACAUGGCAGACAAUUCCAGACCUACCUCCACUGAAAAUGGACUUAAAGGCCUAUGGUAAAAUAUUCACUCCAAUAGAAGUGAAAAAUGAACAUCUACGUAAUGUUUCCUUGAUAUACAAAGAUCUUACAGGUGGUAUUGUACUGAAUGAAACAACCAAGAUGUCUGACUAUAUACUGAGACAGUCAAAAAUUGAUCUACGAGAAGUGAGGCAGAAUUACAUUAUGGGAGCAACUUUCUGUGGUAAUGAAACAGCACCAACAAUCAUAGGCUGGUUCAACAACUUGCCAUACCACAGCAUUCCUCUUGCAGUUCAAACAAUUUACAAUACUAUUCUCAGAUACUACACUUACAACAAAACCAUCAAUGUUGUCAAUCAUCCUCUGCCUUAUACUGAAGACACUGUGAUCAGCUUCCAGUCUUGGGCAUCAAACAAUAUGGGUUUUCAAGUGUCGUUCAGUUUGGGGUUCAGCAUGGCCUUUGUUUCAGCAUUUUUCAUAAUCUUCUAUGUGAAGGAACGUGUAAGCAAAGCAAAGCACUUGCAGAUUGUGUCUGGAGUUGAAGUGCUGACAUUCUGGCUCUCUUCUAUUGUGUGGGACCUGUUCUUCUUCCUGCUUCCUGUUGUUGGUGUCAUUAUUACUUUCGCAGCGUUCAGAGAGGAUGGCUUCCGCACAGGUGCAGAACUAGGCAGAAUUUUCGUAGUGAUGAUUUGUUUUUCCUGGAGCCUGUUGCCAGCAACAUACCUACUUUCAUUCAUCUUCAGUAUUCCAUUGACAGGGUUCACAAGAAUGACUAUGAUCAAUGUGGUGACAGGUAUUGCCUUGUUUAUGACAGUGAAUAUUUUGAAAUUACCAUCGCUGGAACUACAGGACGUGGCUGAGAUUCUGGACUGGAUUUUUCUUUUCUUCCCACAUUACUCAUUGUGUUCCUGUGUGCAUGGCUUAUAUACAAACUAUGCGUAUAACAAAGCAUGUUCUGCUGCACUGCUAUUUCCAGGAUUAUGCCUACGACCCAAUAUCUGUUGUAAAAAUAACUGCCCUGAAAAUGGUUGUUUACAAAGGACUGAUGACUAUUUUGAUUGGCAGGCACCUGGUAUUGGACGCAAUAUUGCAUUCUUCAUACUUGAUGGAAUUUUUAUCCUGAUAAUACUGUUAAUGAUGGAGUUCAGGCUGUUUGAGAGAUUUGCAUAUUUUAUACAGAAGUCAGAUGUUAAAAUAGGAACAGAUAAUGAUGGAUAUGAAGAAGAAUUAGACAGUGAUGUUUCGGCAGAAAAACUGAAAUUACUUACAACUGAAACUAGUCUUCUGCUGAACGAAUAUGAACUGGUUCUUAAGAAUGUAACAAAAUAUUAUGGCAAAUUUUUGGCUGUGAAUAAGCUCUGUUUGGGUGUCAAGAAAGGUGAAUGCUUUGGUUUGUUGGGCGUUAAUGGAGCUGGCAAAACAACUACAUUCAAAAUGAUGACAGGGGAUGAGAAGAUAAGUGCAGGAGAAGGUUACGUCAGUCAUUUGAGCCUGAAGUCAAAUAUGAAAGAAGUGCAUCAGCUGAUUGGCUACUGUCCACAGUUUGAUGCUCUUCUGGAAGAUCUGACUGGGUAUGAGACACUCACCAUGUUCUCUUUGUUAAGAGGUUUACCUUCAGCAAAGAUUCACUAUGUUAUAAAUUAUCUGGCAGACGAACUUCUCUUCAAAAAACAUCUCAACAAGAAAGUUAAGGAAUACAGUGGUGGUAACAAGCGCAAACUUAGCACAGCAAUAGCUCUCAUAGGAGAUCCACCUGUUAUAUAUUUGGAUGAACCAACCACAGGCAUGGAUCCUGCUGCUAAAAGACAUCUUUGGAAUGUGAUAUGCAAAAUCAGGGAUAGUGGUAGAUGCAUCAUCCUUACAUCUCACAGUAUGGAAGAAUGUGAAGCUCUCUGUACCCGUCUCGCCAUAAUGGUGAAUGGUUGUUUCAAGUGCCUUGGCUCAACACAGCAUCUUAAAAAUAAGUUUGCAAAGGGCUAUACGCUGAUUGUGAAAACCAAGAAAACACCUAAUUUACUGGCCAAUGGUAGUACCACAAGUAAUUAUAGUGUUCCUUCGAAAGGCAUUGAUUCAUAUGAUCUGCAGCCUGUCAGGCAAUUUGUUGCUGAAUCAUUUCCUGGGGCUAUGCAAAUGGAGGAAUACCAGGGUCUCCUAACAUACUGCAUUACGAAUCCAACAUUAACCUGGGCAAGGAUGUUCGGCAUGAUGGAGAAGGCAAAACACCAGCUCAACAUUGAGGAUUACUCUCUAGGGCAGACCAGCUUGGAACAAGUUUUUCUAACAUUUACAAAGAAGCAAAGAGAAGAAUGAUACAGAACUGAACACUAGAUACAGAUAAUGUGAUACUGUGAUAUCCAAGCAGAGGUGUACUGAUAAUACUUCCUGCAUCAGUUACCAGUUCUUCAGCAGCAAUGCAACUUGAAAGUUUUUGUUUCAGGGAUGCUCAGGGAACCAUUCUAAUCUUCAUUACCCUGAGUGCAAAAAUGGUAUAUGCAAUGUUGUAGUCUAGCAACUUGAGUGCCAUAUAUACACAGUAUAUCAUUAUGUUGAUAUAUUGCUUGUUACAGUAUUUGAUCUGACAUAGAAUAUAGGACUGUGUGUCAACGCCCAUGAUUUUUAGAGUUGAGAACAACCACAUGGAUAAUAGGCGAUGGUUCAAGUAACUACGUAGGUCGUACUGAAAGUCAUGAGCAACAAUUUUUUAUAAAGUAACAUGCUUUAUUAUUGACAAACCAAAUAC